GCUGACAACAUGAGUAUAAAAGCCGGUUUGAAGGCUCGCGCUCCGGUGCUCCAAACCUCCUGCUCUGCACCGGGUUAACAACUGACGACCGCACGAGGGAGGGCUGAGGGGAUCAAGAUGCACUUUCUGAGUUACACACCCAUCGUUUUACUCCAGCUGACUUUCCUCGGUGCGCUGCAUGGUGCCAAAUGGACAUACAGUGGACCAGAGGGAGAGCACCACUGGCCCAAGCAUUAUCCAUAUUGUGGAGGAACUUUCCAGUCUCCAAUAGACAUCAAGUCAGAGCUGCUACGGUUUGACCCGACUUUACGUCCAAUUGAGAUUCAAAACUACAACCUGUCGCCCAAUGAGCAGCUUACACUUGGAAAUAAUGGACAUUCCGUGCAAAUAUCACUGCCGUCGAAGAUGCACAUCUCUAGCCUGCCUCAUCGUUACACUGCAGCUCAGCUCCAUUUCCACUGGGGCUCCUCCAGCAGACCUGCAGGCUCUGAGCACAUGGUCAACAGUAAGCAGUAUGCAGCAGAGAUGCACGUCGUGCACUAUAAUUCAGACAGGUAUCCCAAUAUGUCCAUGGCUGUGGAUAAAUCUGACGGCCUCGCUGUGCUGGGCGUCCUGAUUGAGGUUGGAGAGUUCAAUCCGGCCUUUGAGCAGUUUCUGAAGUUCAUCAAUGGUAUCAAAUACAGAGAUCAGAGAGUGCAGGUGCCUGGUUUCAACGUCAGAGCGCUGCUGCCUGCACGCUUGGAUGAGUAUUACCGCUACGACGGGUCGCUGACCACUCCUCCGUGCUAUCCCAGUGUGCUGUGGACGUUGUUUAGAAAUCACGUCACAAUAUCUCGAAAACAGUUUCUGGCACUGGCGACUGCCCUUUACUCCUCCCAUGCCCAGGACUCAGCCCCCGUGCCUCUGAAUGGCAACUUCAGAAAACCGCAGCUCCCAGACAGCCGAGUUGUGCUGGUAUCUUUUAAGGAGCGUAAAGGAAUGCAAGGUACUCUUACAGUCACAUCUCCAUCAACGAGGAAGCAAAUCGUUCAGCAACUGCUGGUUGGUGACCUAGCCGACCUGGCUGACGAAGGGCUCUAUAAGCUCCUACCAAGCGGCUCAGAGAAGCUCUAUGCUGGCAAGAAGAAAGACCUCAAGAACCAGCAGACUCUGGCCAAAUCCAAACAACAAACGCUGAAUGCAUCCCCGUGGAAGAAGAGCCAGACCAACCGCUCUGUGGGAAAGUUAGGGCUGGCUGAAGACGCGUUGUGCUACGUCUCCCUGGAGCAGAGAGUUUUCCAUCAGCUCAAACACUCUCACACUGAGAACCAGUUAGUCAAAGCUCUCAGAGAUGAAUCUUUCCCUGAGCUCAAUCUCAGGAGCUACCUGGACUGUAAGUCAGACCUAGCCCUCCCCACUAUCAGACACAUCCUCCGCAGACGGCCAACGGACGAGGCUUUCGAGUUAGAUCGCUCCUUGACAAGAGCCCUCAAAAAUAAGGGAAAGACUUCAACAGCAAUCAAGCAAAGUGUGCCAACGACAAAAUAUAGCGGUUUCUCCCCUGCUGUUGUUCCAAGGAAACCACACAGCCAGGGUUAUCCACAUCCUUGGCUUUUGCCGAUGGAAUGGGAAGACUAGAGAGAUUCUUGACAUAAUUGCGACUCAAAUUAUGUCACUUUAUGUAGCAGACAUCAUUGUGUGUCCCACAAUGAAUUUCUAAGCCAUGCCCUGCAUUCCUUUGACCAAUCUUU